GGAUGAGGCAUUACAAGUGAUCUGCGUAUCCGAGUCCAUUCAUUAGUCGAUCGGACUCCUUGGCUGACGCAACGAGUAGUCAAAUAGCCGCGCACGUUCCUCCCACAACUUUGGGUAGUAUAUUUUCGUGAGAAACAGGACAAAGAUCCUUUUAAAUAAAUCCAAAAUAAAGUGCACAGUGCGUGUUUUUAUCGAAUUUGGAAGAAAAAACACAGAUAUUAUCAAAUUAAUUUAAAUUACCGGAAUUAAAGCAACCGGAAUACUUUCGCGAAAUGUUACCGUCUUGCUAUGCCAACGGAUCGGUUUUGCCGGAUAACGAGGAGCUCGUUAGCUCCCUUCUCGCCAAUCCGGAAUAUCUCAGAGCCCAAGUAUCCCCCAAUCCAUUGGCACCAAGUGCCGUCGGAAUGGAGGGUCUGAUGUGCGGAUCGUUUUCACCUGCAUUUUACUACCAGGGAAUCGACAAUUUCCUGGCCCUGCACAACAACAUCUGGGGCUUACCCAUAUCCUUCCUGCACAACUCCCAUCGGCCGGAGAAGCCUCCCUUCUCCUACAUUGCCCUGAUUGCCAUGGCUAUAAGCAGUGCUCCCAAUCAGCGGUUAACUCUCAGUGGAAUUUACAAGUUUAUAAUGGACAAAUUUCCAUAUUAUAGGGAGAAUAAACAGGGCUGGCAAAACUCAAUCCGACACAAUUUGUCGCUUAACGACUGCUUUGUGAAGGUUCCGCGGGAUAAAAACACGAUCGAGGAUAAUGACAGUGCCGGUAAAGGAAGCUACUGGAUGCUGGACUCCUCGGCAUCGGAUAUGUUCGAGCAGGGAAACUACCGACGGCGAAGGACCCGAAGACAAAGACACUGCACCAGCUCGAAUCGCUUCGAAAGGGAAUCAGGAAAGGAUUCCGUUGAUGGCAACCACAGUGCAGCAGAGAUGCGAUCGCAAAGCGAACCGCUGAAUGAUUUUGACAUCUUCUGCAACGAAAGACCCAAUUAUUCGGACAGGAUAACGGAUCUGCAUCGGCAGUAUUUAUCGGUAUCUCUGGGAUUCAACAGCCUCUUCAACAACGAAGCGAGGAGCACACGACCAUUGCCCAGUUCCUCCCUCUCCGAGAUCAGGGAAUCAGCUGACGAUGUGGAUGCGUCUUCGAGUUCCAGCAAAACAGCCCACAAUCCUGCGGACAGUGCCUCCCUCCAUGAGGACCUACAUUCCCCGAGCGCUUUUACUCCUCCUAUCAAUCGUCGGGAAAAUAUUUCUUCGUCUGUGCCAAUCCUUGGCGAUUCCUUUCGAGGACUCCAGGACUUGGUGACCAGUAACACUGCUGAAAACUCAUCUGCAGCGACACCAAUUCGAUCAAAGACUACUCUUUUCACCAUCGACAAUAUAAUUGGCAAGCCAUAA